AUGUCUAAUACUACGCAGCAGACAGAAAGCCUGUCGGGCAGUCAGAUCGUCACUAUUUGUGUUUACCUGGCCAUGUUUUUAGUGGGUGUCAUUGGAAACGGUCUUGUGGUAUUUGUGACCGCCUUCAAAAUGAAGUCUACAGUCAACUCCAUUUGGUUUCUCAACCUGGCGAUCGCAGACGUCUUUUUCGCCUUGGCUCCAAUUAUGCGGAUUGUCCUUAUUUCGGGAAAGUCGUUUGAACACGUUUUGUUUCAGCUCCUCUCAUUCAUAACAGAGCUAAAUAUGUUCGCGAGUGUUUUCUUUCUGACUGUGAUCAGUCUGGACCGAUGUCUGUGCACGUGGUUGGUCGUGUGGGCUCAGAAUAAACGGACUCUAGUCAAAGCCAGAAUCAUUUGUACGUUUGUGUGGCUUUUAUCCAUCUGCUGCAGCCUCCCGUUUGUCAUGCACUUCUUCAACAAGAAUCUAAACUCGACGUCUCUGUUCACAUACAGGUUCUCGGUAGGCUUUCUCCUCCCCUUCCUGGUCAUUGUAUCUGCAUAUAUGGCUAUAGCAUUGCGAGUCAAACGCCUCAAAAAGGGGAAGUUGUUCAGACCUUUCCGUCUCAUUGUAGCUCUGGUUCUAGUGUUUUUCCUAUGCUGGUUCCCUUACCAUAUUCACAAAUUAUUAAAUGCAUUAAAUGCAGUGGAGAACAACCAGAAUGCAAGUGUCCGAGAGAUAAUAUCUAAAUCAACACAUUUUGUUAUCUGCCUGACAUAUGUACACAGCUGUGUGAACCCCAUUCUCUAUGUCUUCAUCUGUGAGGAGUACAAACAAAAGCUCAAACAGUCCCUUCUGCUGGUGUUAGAGACAACUUUUGCAGAGGAACAUCUUGAGGCUAAGAAAGAAGACAAAAUGCACCAUUCUCAUCCCUUCCAGCUGCCAAGACAAGAAACCAACCAUGUACAAAACUUAUCUCAAUGUGAUCUGUUUUAG